UAUUGAAAUGAAAGAGAUAAGCGAAAUCUAGUUCUGAUUUUUCAUUAUGGUGCCUGAAUUGCGGUUCAUGAGGCAUUUUUGCAUGUGCGUUGUUCUUGUUAGGUAUGACAUUUUAUUCGAAGAAAGUAAAACUGUUGAUAAUAGCCAGAUUGUGUUUCUGGAAUAAUUCACCAUUUGUAUAUUCACAAUAUCCGCCUGCUCCAAGAAAUUCGAACAAUUUGACAGGCAUGAUUUCUAUUUCAACAGGAGCCGGAAAGUAUGGGGACAAUGCUUUCACUUCAACACAGACCGAAGAGGGUCGUACGUCCGAUAUUUUACCGAAAACUGUAAACGAAGCAGAGUCAGUAGAAACAGAAAAGCUACCAGGAGACGGAUCCCAUUUUGAGCAACUCAUCAGCAGCGGUGAGGUGUUUGUUGACAAGACCAAACAUUUACUCCUUUUGUUAGAAGAAGAGCAUCAAAUGUACUUUUUUUCAAGACCUCGACGAAUUGGGAAAACGAUAACAGUAGAAAUGUUGGAAAGUUUUUUUAAAGGGAGAAGCAAAUUUUUCAAUAAUACUUACAUUUAUAAUUUUGGCAACACGGUUUAUCAGAAUGGGACUUGGAUAGCAUAUCCGACGAUAUAUUUAGAUUUUUCUGGGAUAGAAACAAAAUACGUUACUGAUCAUACAGAACCAUCAGACGCAUUCAACCAUGUAUCUAAGCAAAUAAGUAACAAGCUGCUAAGUAUCUCCAAUGAUGAGUAUCAUUUAAAUUUGACAAGACCUGUUACAAUUUCUGACCUGAUAGAGGAGCUGUAUUUAAAAUCUGGUUUACCUGUGGUUGUGCUAAUCGACGAAUACGACUGUUUAAUCAAUCACGCAAUAAUGAAGACAAGAAACAAAGUUUACAUUCAACAAAUAUCUGAUUUAAUGGAAACCUUUUUCAAAAAUAUUAAAAGCAGUAGCACAAGCAUUCUACUUUCUUGGAUCACCGGUGUUCAUAGAUAUGCUUUUGAAGGGCUGGAUAGCUCAGCCAAUAACUUUCAAGAUUUGAGCAAUGACAAGAGGUUUUCAACGCUUGUUGGAUUCACAGCUGAAGAAAUUGAAAAGUAUUUUCCUUUGACUAUCCGUGACUUUGCAAAGUCUAUCAACCAAACACCUGAACAUGUCAUGGAUGAAUUACACAGAUGGUAUGAUGGAUAUAAUUUUAAUAAUGAAAUCACGUCUGCGUCUGAAGAAUCCAACAUAUAUAACACGAUUUCAGUGUUAAAUUCUCUGAGGAAUAAAAAAUUCGGUACAUACUGGUGCAAUACUGGAGGAGCCCCACAAGAUAUCCUUGAUAGAUGGUUCAUUGAGUGCAGGUUUUCAAUAAAGGACAUGAAAAAUGAGAAAAUUGAAAUUUGUAAGUUGAACUAUAAUCCGAGAUCGCCAGUUCCACUCAUUCCUUUCAUGAUUAAUACCGGAUACCUGAAAAUUGUAAAUCAUAAGGGUGAUCACGUUUUUGUGGACUUCCCAAACAAGGAGGUAGAAAUUUAUAUGGAUGAACAGAUUGACGAUUACAUACCUGGAAUAGAAAAUGGCCUUCCUUAUCAACAAGAGCUUUUAAAUGGCUUAUUAAUGAACUUGCACGAUGUUAAUAUACAAGCAGCAGUGGAUAUUUUUAACAAAUUAGCUUUUCCGACUUUCAAACAUCCCUUAGACAACCCAGCCAUGGAAUACGAAGUUACUAGAAGACUGUGUCGCGAACUCUUCUGGGCCGGAAUUGAAUUCAGCCAGAAAAAGUUGAUUGAUGAGAAUGAACCAGAUAAAAAUAGAAGAGAAAAAAAGGAUAUCGAUAUUAUUCUCACCAGGAAUCUGAAUGUCAAUUAUGCAAUCGAAAUCAAAGUUGGUAAUUAUGAAGAAAAAGGAUACCAUCAACAGAUUAUGAGCUAUUUUCUUGAGCAUUUUACACCAUUCCAAGCGGCAAUCGAAUACGAAAAUAAGAUAAAUUUACUAACGCUAACUUUUGGUAAAAGUAAAAAUAAUCGGAUUCAAAGUUGGGUCCUGAUUCCAUGUGAAGGUGAGAUGAUGUUAAUGAAACAGUUGAGUGCAUCAUCGACAGACUUGGCUGUAAGUGCUAAAGAAUAUUACCAAAAACUCAAGGGCGAAGCUAAAGACACAGGAAAAAAUUGAAAGGGAAAAUGUUAAAAAAUGAAAAUCAUAAAUUUUGUACUGGUAAUCGGCAGUUUUUGCAGUUUUUUUUUUAGAAGAACACGUGCAGUAUUUUACUCACUUUUGGAAAAAACAAUUUUCAAUUUCAUCUUUUCUUAUCAAUAAAUGCUUUUUUAAAUGCUUUUACAGUACUUUCAAGAGUUUUCAACAUUUCUACAUGCAUUUUCGAUGAAUUUUACUGAAUUUUCAUUACUUACCUUUUUGUAAUUUUCUGAGAUUUUUACACUUUGGAGUGUUCUUAUAUAAUCUUUUAAAGUAUGUUUUCAAAACUCUUUCGUACAUUUUCAGUGCUGUUUCAUCCUUUGUUUGGUAACUUUCACUGGAUUUUUCAUUACCACUGCUUUUCAAUAUUUUUUUUUGUUUACACUAUUUUAACUUGUUUUCAACAUUUUUUCAUACACUUUCAGAUAACAUUGUUUCAUUUUCUUUAGUUUUUGCCUACUUUUAAUGAUUUCAAGGCUUUAUUGAGUAUUUUUGUUAAAUUAUUUUAAUUCAAACAAUUUUGAAAUGUAAAUCAGGUGAAUUAUUUACCAAAAAAAAAUGCAUAACGUUUUUGUGAUCUUCUUAGAUUUUAAUACUUGGAGGUUUUUUUCAUGAUUUUAGCAUGUUUUCAACUUUUUUUUAUGUGUUUUUGAUAAAUAUCACUAAAUUUUAAAUUAGUUUUUGGUAAUUUUUCAAAAUUUUAACUUGUUUUUCGAGUGUUUUUUCUUUACUCCAACACAUUUUCAAGACUUUUUCAUGCACUUUUAGAAAACUUGUUUGCUCGAAUGUUCUUACAUUAUUGUUACAUUUUUAAAAAUUGGGGUUUCAUGAAUGUCUGUUGAUUGUCACUGCAUUUUCAUUUUUGUUAGUUUUUACCAUAGUGGAAAAAUUUGAAAUCCUGAAACCCAAUCAAUUUUGUUUCAGUUCUAGGAUUGUUUUGGGUUCGAAAUUAUAUCAGUUCAGGGAUUUUUUGGGUUUUGGGAUCAAGAAUCAAGAAAAAUAAAGAUUUUGGUCUCCAGAUAGGUUUUGGGAUUGAAUAUAUUUGAAUCAAGAGAAAUUUUCAAAUUUUAGGUAAAAGGUUUUUAUGACUCGAUGUGUUUACUUACCAGCCUCCUUUGUAAAUGUAACACUGUAGUUACCUUUCUCAAUUUUGAAAAUCAAUCUUUACCCUUUGUGUUCUCUUUAAACUUAGGUAUUAAUGGUUUAGUUCAAGGUGUUCCGGCUUUCAUAAGUCAUUUGUGAUUUUGGUGUGCUCCAGAGAGGUUCUCUCUGUAUUGUUGUGCUUUCAGUAUCGUGUUGUUCUCUUGGUUGUAUGCUGUCAGUAUUGCAUUGUGCUUUUGGUAUUGUGCUAUGGUUUCAGUUGUAAAUAAGAGUAACAAAGUAAGGUAAGCUGCAAAUGCUAUUACAGUCUAAUUUCAAUGCAACUUUGUUUUCUAAUACCGGUUUGAUAAUUAUCUCUA